AUGGCCACCGCAACAUCACACAACAAAAAGUCGUCGGCGGUGAAGCGCAUCCUCUCCGAGGCGCGCGAGCUCGCCAACGACUCGUCGGACCUCUACUCGGCCUCGCCGCUGGAGGACAACAUCUUUGAAUGGCACUUUACGCUGCGUGGGCCCGCCAACACCGAGUUCGCCAACGGUCUCUACCACGGCCGCAUCCUCUUACCCGCCGAGUACCCCAUGCGACCGCCCAACCUCAUGCUGCUCACGCCCAACGGCCGAUGGGAGCUCAACAAGAAGAUCUGCCUCACCUUUACCGGCUUUCACGAGGAGAUGUGGCAGCCAGCGUGGGGCAUCAGGACGGCGCUGUUGGGGCUGCAGACGUUCAUGACGGCCAAGGCAGAGGCGGCGGUGGGCAUCGGUGCGCUCGACUAUCCGGUGCAGGCGAGGGAGAAGCUCGCCAAGGAGUCGAGAAAGUGGACGUGCGACGUUUGCGCGAAGACCACGCUCGAGUUGCUGCCGGACCCGGAUCCAGAGCAAGAGAACAAGCAAGAGGCUCUGCCAGAUGGACUGUGCGUCGACCUCACCGCACAGUCACACAAGUCGCAGGCCAAUGCAGACACUUUCACACCGGCCGCUGUACCCGAUGCAGCUGCUCCUCCCGUCAUCACCACCGCAGCCACGUCGGAGGAGCCGCAAGCGCCAGUCGCUGCCCCAACACCCUCGCCGCCUGAUUCAAUUGCUCCAGCUGCUGCUCCAGCUGCUGCUCCAGCUGCUGCUCCAGCUGCUGCUCCAGCUGCUGCUCCAGCUGCUCCAGCUGCCCCAACAUUACCGGCUUCGGCUCGUCUCCGACCCUCUUCCAACACAGCCGUCCCGCCGCUGCACACCUCACCCACGCAGCACAAACUCAGCCUCAUCGACAACUGCAUCAAGGCGCUCAGCGUGCUCGUUGCGCUGCUCGUCGUCAAGCGCCUCAUCUAG